AGUAAGGAAAAGGAGUUUCGACCCGGACACGUGUUCCUUGUGCACCUCCUGCACUGUGGUUAACGUAGACCUACUAUUUGAGUUAGUUUAGCGGUGGAUUGAUACGAGACUCUGACUUGGCAUGACUCAGGACAGUCAACAUGGCAAGUGGACCAUCUCCAGCAGUGAUGACGAUGAUGAGGAUCUUCCUCUUUCUGGGACUACAACAUCUAAGCCCCAGCGACCCGCUGUGUCCAGUCACAGCUCCCAUCUGUCUGCCUCUGCUCCCAGCCCCAAACUGGAACCAGUAACAGCUACUGUGGAGGUGAAACCGGAACCAGCAAACACUCCUGUAUCCUCACUCGUUAUUGGCUCUGAGGCAAGACAGUUAGCAGCGACGAACCAGUUACAUCCAGUGAAGUAUGAAAGUAGUCCGUCAUUGGCUGGAAAGCGGAAGAAAGAGGUGUCAGACGGCUCAGGCUGGGCUCUCUCAGAUAGUGAUGAUGAUGAUGAUGAUGAUGAUGAUGAUGAUGAUGAUGAUGAUGAUGAUGAUGAUGAUGAUGGAGAUGUGAAGGGGAAGAGCCUCAGUAACUUACCAAAGAGGGCGCCUCCGAGCCCUAAAACAAAGAAACCAAAGGUGGAGAAGGAGCGUCCUCCGAGUCCCCACGGCCGGCUCUACUACAUCGAUGAGCCAGAGGACUUCUUUGAGUCCAGUAUUCCUUGUCUAAAUGACCCCUACAGGUUUUACCUCAACAAAGUCACAGGCCUGGACAGGAAGUACAACAGUGGAGCUCUGCACAUCAGAGACAUUCUCUCUCCAUUAUUUGGGACCCUGAAAGAGUCUGCUCAGUUUAACUACUGCUUUGAUAUUGCCUGGAUGGUUAAGCAGUUCCCAUCAGAGUUUAGGGAUCGUCCAGUUCUGAUCGUCCAUGGAGAUAAGCGGGAGGCCAAGGCCCGGCUGGUUCAGCAGGCUCAGCCUUUUGCACAUAUUCGCUUCUGCCAGGCCAAGCUGGAUAUUGCUUUUGGAACUCACCACACGAAGAUGAUGUUGCUGUGGUAUGAGGAAGGCUUCAGAGUCAUUAUUCUGACCUCCAACCUCAUCAGAGCUGACUGGUACCAGAAAACACAAGGAAUGUGGAUGAGCCCCAUGUUUCCACGGUUACCAAAGGGCAGCAGUGAGAGCGCAGGCGAGUCACCAACCUUUUUCAAGAGAGACCUGCUGGAAUACCUGGCAGCAUACCGCGCACCAGAACUCGAGGAGUGGAUCCAACGAAUCAAAGAGCAUGACCUGUCAGAGACCAGGGUUUAUUUGGUCGGCUCAACCCCAGGCAGAUAUGUUGGCUCAGACAUGGAGCGCUGGGGCCACCUGAGGCUGAGGAAGCUGUUGUACGACCACACAGACCCAGUUGCCGGGGAGGAAAAGUGGCCUGUGAUUGGCCAGUUCUCCAGCAUCGGCUCUAUGGGACUGGAUAAGACCAAAUGGUUAAAAGGGGAAUUUCAGCGCACAAUGACCACGCUGGGGAAAGCCUCUCUUCGCUCAGACCCCCCCAUGCACUUGGUGUAUCCAUCAGUGGAAGAUGUGAGGACUAGUUUAGAAGGCUAUCCAGCGGGAGGCUCUCUUCCCUACAGCAUCCAGACAGCUCAGAAACAACUCUGGCUCCACUCCUUCUUCCACCGUUGGAAGGCAAAUGUGACAGGAAGAAGUCAUGCCAUGCCCCACAUCAAGACAUACAUGAGGACAUCACCAGAUUUCACUCAGCUCGCCUGGUUCCUCGUCACAAGUGCCAACCUGUCCAAAGCAGCAUGGGGUGCACUGGAGAAGAACAACACUCAGGUGAUGGUUCGUUCAUACGAGCUGGGAGUCCUCUACGUGCCCGCCGCUUUUAACAUGAAGACAUUCCCUCUGCACAACAAUCCGUUUCCUGCCUCCUCCUCCUCUGGUUUCCCUGUGCCAUUUGACCUCCCCCCCACAUGCUACUCUUCUAAAGAUCAGCCUUGGAUCUGGAACAUUCCGUACAGCCAGGCUCCUGACACACACGGCAACAUCUGGGUUCCCUCCUAACAAAACACACACACACACACACACACACACACUCACACUGUACAGACCUCUCUAUUACUAUUGUCAGUAGUAUAUCUAGGUGUUAGUUGUCAGUAACAUUUAUUUUUUAUUUUUAUACCACACUGUAGACUCACAUGUUUUCUAACAAUAAAUAAAAUAAUGUUAUCAUUGUCUA